CAUUAUUUUCUUUAUGGAAAAGCAAUCUCUAAAUCUUCCUCAAUUAUUUACCCCUUCUAUUUUGUGCAUUAAAAUGAUAGACAGUUCUAACAUCAUAGUCUUCUUCAACUUUAGUCACUGGUGUGAACACAGACUGGAAGAUAAACUGGAGAAGAUCAUCUCCCCUCGCCUGCAGCUUGAAGUGGCAUGCUCAGAGGUGUACCAGUUCAACACUCAAGGCUGGAGGCUGGAUGUAGACAGGAUGCGCCAUACACACGGGGGUGAUGAUGGCAUUGCUCUGUAUUACAAAAGACAAGGACCCAAUGCUUCCUGCUUCCUAUUCAAAGCUGCGAACAUUGUGACUGAACGAGUGAAUAGGACAGUAAGAGCCUGUUGUGAAGGCUGGUCUGGUCCUCACUGCUCACAGGAAGUGGGUAUUCGGGGUCUGUGUUUCUCUACAUGGAGUUGUGAGGAAUUUCCCGGGGUUCAGAAUUCCUCUCUGAUGCCUUUUGAGCAAUGCUGUGGCAGCCUGUGGGGACUUAGCUGGAAAAAUGCCUCUGAUCAGACCUGCUUGUCCUGUUCCUACACCCUCUUGCCAGAUGCUUGGCCUUCACCCCUUUUUCACAGGGGUCUUCUUGGAGGCAUUCGAGAUCCCAAGGCCUCUGCCACUUGCAUGAGCUGGGGUGGAGCACAUUAUCGUUCCUUCGACAGGAAGCACUUCCAUUUUCAUGGUGCUUGCACCUAUCUGUUGGCCUCAUCCACUGAUGGGACUUGGGCUGUCUACAUUAGCACUGUGUGUGACGGCAGAGGACACUGCAGCAAGGCAUUGAAGAUGAUGCUGGGACUUGACCUUGUGUCUGUUCAUAAGGGCAACAUAUCACUCAACAGUGUCCUAUUACAGCAGGGUGAACCUUUCUUUCAAAAUGGAGUGAGUAUUCACUGGCUGGGAGAUUUUGUGUUUGUUGAAAGUGGAUUGGGCAUCAGAGUGAAAUUCGAUAUGAGGAACACUGUCUAUCUGACAGUUGGUGCAGAACACUUUGCUGCUACUAGGGGCCUCUGUGGAUUAUACAACAAUAAUGCAGAUGAUGACUUCACCAGUAGGAGUGGAAGUGUAUCGCAGUAUGCUGCCAGCUUUGGAAAUUCAUGGCGUGUUCCAAACCAAGAGACAGAGGACUGUAGUGAUGCAGCAGAGUUGGGCCACAGCUGUGACAUUUUGGGUGACAUCAGCUUGCGUAGAGCGGCAGAACUGACAUGUCAUCAGCUCAAGGACAAUCCCUUUUCACAAUGCCAUCAUCGAGUGGAUCCAGGUCCCUAUGUAGAUACCUGUCUAUAUGUGUACUGCAGUUUGGGGGCUAAUGAGAAAGAGGCAGCUGUGUGUGAUACGCUUGCUAGCUAUGUCCGUGAGUGUGCCCAACAACAUGUCAUCCUCAGCUGGCGGGGCCCUGGUCUCUGUGAGCGAGUGUGUCCUGGGGGUCAGGUUUUCUCAGAUUGCGUAUCUUCCUGUCCCCCGAGCUGCUCCUCAGCUCUCCCCCCAGCAUCAGGCCAGUGUCGGGAAGAGUGUGUUGGGGGUUGUGAGUGUCCUCCUGGGCUCUAUCUGCAUGACGGCCAAUGCUUACGGCAGGAACACUGCCCUUGCUUCCAUAGGAGAAGCACAUACCAGGAAGGAGACACCAUAAAACACAAAUGUAACACCUGUGUGUGUCAGGCAGGCCAAUGGCAGUGUUCUGCAGAAAGGUGUGCAGCUCAGUGCAGUAUUAUCGGGGCAAUGCAAAUCACUACUUUUGAUAAGAAGCGGUAUAACCUCCAGGUUGGUGACUGUCAGCUCACAGCCAUUGAGGAUUUUGUGGAUAAGAAGCUUGCAGUGACCAUCAGAGGCGGGGAGUGCGUGAAGGGAGGUGGCAUGCGCUGCCCAUGGGAGACAACCAUCACUGCCCUCCAUACUACAGUGACCCUAACUAACACUGGUUCUGUGAUGCUAAAUGGACAGCCAAAGGCUUUGCCAGUGUUAACAGCCGAUCUAGCUGUGCGGAAAUCGUCUUCGACCUUCCUCAUCAUCCAUGUGUUUGGGGCUCAGCUGCUCUGGCACACUGAAGGCCCUCUUAUCCUCAUCAGUCUGCAGCCGGGCUUUGCUCAUAAGGUGAGAGGCCUGUGUGGGACACUGACUUGGAAUCAACACGAUGACUUCACCACACCAGAAGGGGACAUUGAGAACAGUGUGACCUCCUUUGUCGAAAAGUUUAGCCUUGGAUCAUGCUAUUUGCCCUCAGCAGUGACCUCAGACCCCUGUAACACCUACACCCAGCACAGAGAGUAUGCAGAGAGUGUCUGUGCUGUUAUCCACAGUCCUGUGUUUCAGAGCUGUCAUGACAUGGUGGAGCGGGAGCCAUACAUGCGCCAAUGUCUGAGCGAGGUGUGCAGCUGCACCCCACACACACAGUGCCAGUGUACUGUCCUCACUGCCUAUGCUCAACAUUGUGCGCAGGAGGGCGUGCUAGUAAGCUGGAGAAACCACACCUUCUGCCCGAUGCAGUGUUCUGGGGGGCAGGUGUAUCAAGAGUGUGGCCGGCCAUGUGGAGUCUCAUGUACUGACCUGCAGCAGAACUGGAGCUGCCAAGAGGAUGCAGGUACUCGGAGCUGUGUACCAGGCUGCCAGUGUCCUGCAGAUCUGGCACAGGAUGACCAGGGCCAGUGUGUGCCAGUCAGCAUGUGCCCAUGUGUUCAUGCUGGAGUUGUCUAUCAGCCAGGACGCUCUGUGCAAAUCAACUGCAAUACCUGUGUGUGUGGACACGGGGUGUGGAACUGUACUGAUCAUACCUGCCCUGAGGUUACAGAGUGCCCUGGCUCUCUGGUCUUCUCCCCUCGAUCUUGUCUGAGGACCUGCUCUAGUCUGUACAAGGGGUCUUGUGCAGAGCCCAUCUAUGGCUGCAUCUGUCCUGAGGGAACUGUGCUCUUGGGUGAUCAAUGUGUGUCUCCUGAUGAAUGUCCAUGUCACCAUAAUGGCAGGCUCUUCUUCACAAACGAUACCAUUUCUAAAGACUGCAACACAUGUGUAUGUAAGCAGCGUCGAUGGCACUGCACCCAGUCAUUAUGUGCUGGAACAUGUGUAGCUACAGGUGACCCACAUUAUGUGACCUUUGAUGGUCGCUGUUUCUCCUUCCUGGGAGACUGUGAGUACAUGCUGGUGCAGGAGAAAGAAGGCUUGUUCAGCGUGACUGCAGAGAACGUACCCUGCGGCAGCACUGGGGUCACCUGCACCAAAUCUGUCACACUGAGCGUCGGUAACACCGCCAUUCACCUGCUCAGGGGAAAGGCUGUGACAGUAAACGGCAUGCCUGUGACUCUUCCUAAGUCUUACUCAGGCAGUGGCUUAAUGCUGGAGAACAUCGGACUGUUUGUUUCUCUCUCGUCUCGACUUGGUGUUACGCUUCUUUGGGAUGGAGGCAUGCGUGUGUAUGUGCGGUUGGAACCCCACUUGCGAGGCCGGGUUGGUGGUUUGUGUGGGAACUUUGAUGGAGACACAGAGAAUGACUUCACCACAAGGCAAGGCAUAGUGGAGUCCACACCAGAGCUGUUUGGGAACUCCUGGAAGGUUAGCCCAUCCUGCCCUGAUGUCUCUGAGCAAGACCUGCGUGACCCCUGCAACAUCAAUCCUCACAGAGUGAGCUGGGCAAAGAAGAAGUGUGCAGUGAUUACCCAAGAGAUAUUUGCCUCAUGUCAUGCUGAAGUCCCGCACCAGCAGUACUAUGAUUGGUGUGUCUUUGAUGCCUGUGGCUGUGAUUCAGGAGGAGACUGUGAGUGUCUUUGCACAGCCAUCGCUGCCUACACUGAGGAGUGCAACCGUAGAGGAGUCUACAUUCGUUGGAGAUCUCAAGAGCUUUGCCCCAUGCAAUGUGAGGAUGGUUUGGUUUAUGAAGCCUGUGGUUCUGCUUGCUCUGAUGUCUGUCCUGGCAGCUCUCCUAGUGCUGACUCUCACUGCAGCGCCCUCUCCUGUGUGGAGGGCUGCUUUUGCCCUCAGGGAACCGUCCGCCACGGCGACAGCUGUAUUUCUCCCUCCGAGUGCCCGUGUGAGUGGGAUGGCUCACUGUUUCCUCCUGGAGCUGCUGUAACUCAACAUUGUCAGAACUGCUCCUGUUCUAAGGGCACCUGGAACUGCACUGGCCCUGCAUGUCCUCCAACUGUUCCCUGUCUUGAUUCAGAGUUCCAGUGUAGCGGUGGUUCUAGUCGCUGUAUUCCCUCUCUCUGGCUCUGUGAUAAUGAGGAUGACUGUGGAGAUGGAUCAGAUGAGCUUUGUCCCACCACCUGUCCCCCUGAGCAGUUCCGCUGCUCUGGAGGAGUCUGUUUACCCCUGGAGCUGCGCUGUAAUGGCCAUCCUGACUGCGCUGAUCAGUCCGAUGAGGAGUUUUGUGCUCCAGUUACAGCAGUCCCAGGAUGUGGUUCUGGGGAGUUCCGGUGUGCUAAUGGACACUGUUUGUCUGCCUCUAAAGUGUGCGAUGGACGACUGGACUGUGGGUUUGCGGACGACUCAGAUGAGAGAGGUUGUGGAGUGGUGUGUGCUGAACAGGAGUUCCGCUGUUCAGCCGGACGCUGUAUUCUCUAUUUGCAUCGUUGUGAUGGUCAUGAUGACUGUGGAGACUUUAGCGAUGAGCGUGGGUGUGUUUGUGCUCCGGGAGAGUUCCAGUGCCCUGGUGAUCAGUGCGUGCCUGCAGAGAGAGUAUGUGAUGGCCGUAAGGACUGUCCAUCUGGGAUUGAUGAAGUUAUCUGUCCUGUUAAAGACUGUAAUCAGCAUGAGUUUGGGUGUGCGAAUGGUCAGUGUGUGCCACUGGCUUGGCGUUGUGAUGGUGAAACAGACUGUCUAGAUGGAAGUGAUGAACAGCAGUGUGCCCGUGCUUGUGGACCUGACCAGGUCUCCUGUCAGAGUGGAGACCAGUGCGUCCAGCAUGUGCAUCUGUGUGACGGGACACCGCACUGCCGUGAUGCCUCUGACGAAAGCGAAGACAACUGUGGGUCCACACGAAUCCCACCCUGUACUGGCAGCUUCUCAUGUGAUAACAGAACAUGUGUGAACACAUCACGUGUGUGUAACGGUAUUCCCGACUGUCCCAGAGGAGAGGACGAACUGGUUUGUGAAAAGCCCAGUAUCUCUCCACUGCCCCCUGGUGACAGGAACACUACUCACACUUGUCCUGAGUUCACCUGCUUGGAUGGAUCCUGUGUCCCUUUCAAAUCAGUAUGUAAUGGAGUAGCAGACUGCCCUGAAACUGGAAGCCCCUCAGAUGAACAGGACUGUCGGAGUUGGGGCCCAUGGGGCCCCUGGAGUCCCUGCAGCCACUCCUGUGGCUCUGGCGUUAUGAACAGAUACAGACACUGCCCUGUGGGGGACACUCUAACACACUGCAGGGGAAAUGAUACACAGAGACAGCAGUGCUACUCCACAGCAUGUCCUGUCGAUGGAUAUUGGUCAGCAUGGACAACAUGGUCUAACUGCUCUAAAGGUUGUGGGGGAGUGGAGAUUCGCAAAAGAGUGUGUGUUCCACCACAGAACGGAGGUCAAGCGUGCACUGAACUGCCAGGAGACACAGCCCUGAGCACCGAGAUCAAGCCGUGUCCUCAGGAUGCCUGUGCUAAUGUUUCCUGUCCUGCCGGUCUGGUGUCACACACUUGUGCUCCUUGUCCUUUGACUUGUGCUCAUAUAUCAAGUGAUACAUCCUGUGAUCCCAGUGCUCAGUGUUUCACAGGUUGCUGGUGCCCAGAGGGCAAAGUGAUGAACCAAAUGCAGAAGUGUGUACUGCCAGAAGAGUGUGUGUGUGAGGUGUCAGGGGUGCGGUACUGGCCGGGGCAGCAGGUCAAGAUGGGCUGUGAGAUUUGUAGGUGUGAAAGAGGAAGACCACGGUACUGUCAGGCCAACCCAGAGUGUUCAGUUCACUGUGGUUGGUCAUCCUGGUCCCCAUGGGGUGAGUGUUUGGGUCCAUGUGGGGUACAGAGUGUCCAGUGGUCUUUUCGCAGCCCAAAUAAUCCCUCCAAGCACGGCAAUGGCAGACAGUGUCGUGGUAUUUACCGGAAAGCCAGACGCUGUCAGACAGAGCCGUGUGAAGAGUGUGAGUAUCAGGGACACACCCAUGCAGUUGGCGAUCGCUGGAAAGGAAGUAAUUGUCAGCUUUGCCACUGUUUACCCAACCUUAAAGUGCAGUGUGCACCUUUCUGCCUGUACACUACCACUGGAUGUCCACAGGGUCAAACUCUGAUACCAGGGGAAGAAAACAGGUGUUGCUAUUGUGAAGACAAAGCCCAGAAUGUCAGUACCAUCACAACAACCCCAGCAGGUCGGCCGAUCACUGUUGAGUCCUCCAUGGCACCAGAGGUCAAACCAUUUGUGCCAACGUUUCCUCUCCCACCUGGAGCUUCCUCUGUGUUCUUUAUAGAUGAGUGUUGGUCUCCACUGGGAGUGCAGUCUCUACCCAUCUUCAGUUUCAGUGCCUCGUCACAGCAGCCUGGUCAUCCGGCCUCUGCAGGGCGCCUCCAUUUUCGUGACCCUCACAGUGACCUGCAGGGCUGGAGCCCUGAACCUGAGGAGUACAGGGAGCUCCCUUCAUCUUCCCCUCAUGGCCAUACACACCACAGCCAGGCCCCUUACCUACAGAUUGACCUGCUCAGACCAUACAACAUCACAGGAUUGCUCACUCAAGGUGGUGGACAGUUCGACACAUUUGUGUCCAGUUUCUACCUGCAAUUUAGCAGUGAUGGCAGUCAGUGGUUCACCUACAAAGAGCUCAUCACAGAAGCUCGUCCUAAAGCCAAGGUGUUCCUGGGUAACCGUGAUGAUCGAGGUGUUAUGCAGAACAGACUGGACCGGAUGGUGUUAGCUCGGUUUGUGCGGGUGCUGCCUCAUGACUUCCAGAAUGGCAUUUACCUGCGAGUGGAGCUGAUGGGGUGUGGUGGUGAAUAUGAGUGGCUGUCUACUCCUGCUCCUACGGUGUCACUCAGGCCCUGCAGAGAGAUGGAGUUCCAGUGUGGGAAUGGCCACUGUGUUCACAGUGGGCCACAAGGAGUCCUCUGUGAUGGGGUUAAUGACUGUGGAGAUGGUUCAGAUGAAAUCAGCUGUGACACUCGACCAUCUCCUACCCCUAGCUCCAGAGGCUGUACCAGAGGUCAGUUCUCAUGCCCUCCUCCAGGGGGUUGUAUUGAGGCUUCACGGCGCUGUGAUGGGUUCCCUCAGUGUCCGGAUGGAGCUGAUGAGAGAGGCUGUGGCUCUGACAAUCGCACCCAUAUCACACCCACCCCUGUUCCUCUCAGGACGCCCAGUAUAACUCCCACUGCUACACCCGUAAGACCUCAAACACAGUUUAUCUGCUCUUCUCCUCUGGGACUGGAGGAUGGCAGUGUACACUACGGUCAGCUGACCGCCUCGUCAUCCAGAGACAAUAACCCAGCUGACACGGGCCGCCUCAACAUCGUCCCUAAUGUUUUAGUGAUGGAACCAGGCUGGAGCCCUUUACCAGGAGACCCCCAGCCCUACUUCCAGGUGGAUUUUCUUGAACCCACCUGGAUAUCAGGGCUAAUCACACAGGGCAGUGAACGCAUGUGGGGCUACCUCUCUAAGUACCGUCUGGCGUUUGCUCUGUCUGAGAACAACUUCACAGACUUUACUGAGAGUGGAGAAAAGGGCUCAGCCCCAAAGAUCUUUGAGGUGCGGAUGGUAGGCAGGACACCAGUCACACGCUGGCUGGGCAGACUGGUGAGGGCUCGUUACCUGCGUAUUAUACCAGUGCAGUACCGCCACACAUUCUAUCUCCGAGUGGAGAUCCUGGGCUGCAGAGAAGGUAAACUUUUGACCACAGCGCCUUCUGGUGUUGGUGUAGUGACACCGAGUCUCUGUAAACCGGGUCAAUUUGCCUGUGUGAGUGGGGAGUGUGUACCUGUGUCAGCUCUCUGUGAUUGCAGGCUGGAUUGUGCAGAUCAUUCAGAUGAGCCGAGCUGCACAGUUCCCACUCCAGGAUUACCAGGUUUAUGGAAUCACACUGUAACACCAGGAAGUCCUGGAUACCGGAACUACACAUCAGGAUCUCCAGGAGUACACACCAAGACUCCACAAGAUGGUCGUCCAGGAGUGGCGAGUGUUUCACCCAUUGCUACUAGUGUACCUGGUAUUGGCCCUCAGGGACCAACUGGACAGCCAGGUAUACACAUACCCACCUCUUCCCAAAAAUGAUUUAUAGGACUGCAGAACAUAACAACACCUCAUGAUGGUGGUUUACCCAGAGUACUGUGCGUAGAGGGCCAGUUUUCCUGCAAAAGCUUUGGCUGUGUGGAUGCAACACUUGUGUGUGAUGGAAGAAAGGAUUGCCCAGAUGGCUCAGACGAACAUCAUUGCGGUUCCUCCACGCUCCCUCCACUAACACCUACCCGUCAUCCCCUGGUGCCAAGUCCCUGCUCUGCCAAACAGUUCACUUGUAGCAGUGGAGAGUGUGUGCAUCUGGACAAGAAGUGUGACCUCCACAAAGACUGUGCUGAUGGCUCAGAUGAGAGAAACUGUGUGGAUUGUGUGAUGUCUGCUUGGACAGCGUGGAGUCAGUGCAGCGUGUCAUGUGGUCUGGGGUCUCUGUUCCGGCAGCGUAAGAUCCUGAGGGAUGCUCGGCCCGGGGGCUCCUGUGGGGGCGGACAGUUUGACAGCAGAGCCUGCUUCCUCCAGGCCUGUCCUGUGGAUGGACAGUGGGCUGAGUGGAGUGAGUGGUCAGAGUGUGAUGCUGAAUGCGGGGGUGGUCUGAAGAUAAGGAGCAGAUCUUGCACAAACCCUCCACCCAAAAACGCAGGGAAAGAGUGUGAGGGGAUGACCAUGCAGACUCUGAGCUGCAACACACACCAAUGUGGAACUGGCACAGACUCAAAGACAGGCUGCACUAAUGGCCUGGUGCUGGUGACAGACGCAGACUGUGCGGCGGGUAGAGUGGAGCCGUGCCCUUUGACCUGCUCAGACCUUAACUCUGAGAGUAACUGCUCCUCCCAAUGUAUAACAGGGUGUCGUUGUCCAGUUGGUUUGUUCCUUCAGGAUGGUCGAUGUGUCAAUGUGAGCAAAUGUGCAUGCUUAUGGGAAGUCUCACUGCUUCGACCAGGGGAAGAGGUCAUCAUAGACAACUGUACAUUUUGCAUGUGUCGAGAUGGUCAUGUCUCCUGUGACAACUCUAGCUGUAGCCCCAAAUGUGACUGGUCAGCCUGGUCCUCAUGGACCUCAUGUGACAGCAGCUGUGGAAUCGGCAUACAGCAACGCUUUAGGUCAGUUCUGAGUCCUUCAGGAGCAGUGAACGUAGAGCCAUGUGUUGGAGACUCUACAGAGGCACGGCAAUGCUACAGACCCUGCCCACCUGGAGCUCCAUGGAGUGCAUGGUCUUCAUGGUCUGAGUGCAGUAAGACAUGUUUCUAUCACGUGGAUGCUGUGGGACUGAGACGCCGCUUUAGGAGCUGUAAUCACACUGACUCCGCCUCCUGCUUUGAGGAUGAGGAAGAACACGAGCCCUGUAACACAUUACACUGUCCAGUACAUGGUGGUUGGUCAGCAUGGUCUGCAUGGUCUGGGUGCUCAUCUGAGUGUGAUUCUGGGGUUCAGACUCGAGAACGUUUCUGUAGUUCUCCUCCCCCUCUGUACGGAGGCAGCAGCUGUGUGGGACCUCAUAUACAAACCCGAGACUGCAACUCUCAGCCCUGCACAGACGUGUGUCCAAUUGGUAUGAGCUACUUGACUAAAGAGGAGUGCCAGGCGCAGGGAGGAGGAUGUCCACGCGUGUGCCUUGAUGCUAUGGCUUCGGUAGAGUGUGCCACAGAGUGCUACGAUGGCUGUUACUGCUCCACAGGCUACUACCUGUUUAACAACUCCUGUGUGCUUCUCAGCCACUGCCCCUGCUACCACCAGGGGGUGCUGUAUACACAGGGUGCCAGUGUGCCGUAUGAUGCCUGCAACAACUGUACUUGCAUUAAUGGAGAGAUGCAGUGUGGCACAGUUCCCUGCCCUGCUGAUUGUGGUUGGAGUGAGUGGACGUCCUGGAGUGCGUGCAGCAGGACAUGUGAUGUUGGCAUCAGGAGGCGGUACCGCUCAGGCACCAAUCCUCCGCCAGCAUUUGGGGGCCUUCCUUGUGUCGGUAACCAUGCUGAGCUGGACACAUGUAGCAUCUACCCUUGUGGUGGUGUGAAGAUCCCAUGGAGUGCAUGGUCUGAGUGCUCAGUGCCCUGUGGUGGUGGAUAUAGGAACAGAACCAGAGGACCAAUCAGAUCUCACGGCACACCACAGCAAUUUAGCGCCUGCAACCUCCACCCUUGCAGUGAUGGCAGUGGCUGUGCUGGCGGUCAGGAGUGGACAGAAUGUGUGAGAGAGGCACUGCUCUGCUCUGAUCUGGAGAUGGAGACUGAAGUAAACUCCACCUGUUCACCAGGAUGUCAGUGCCCACAGGGUUCUGCACUACAGAUGGUGAACAGUAUGAGUCUGGAGCUGUGGUCAGUAAAGACUGCAACAACUGUAGAUGGUGGCUGGUCAGCCUGGACUCCAUGGAGUGUGUGUUCAGUGUCUUGUGGUGCAGGCCUGCAGUCACGCUAUCGUUUUUGCUCCAAUCCCGAGCGAGCUGGUGCUGGAUUGCCUUGCAUCGGCCCAGACCGCCAGGAUCAAGCGUGUGUCCAGACAGCAUGCAGCCGUAAUGGAGGAUGGAGCGAGUGGACAUCCUGGACAGAGUGUACCAAGUCAUGUGGAGGGGGUGUGCGCAGCCGCCGACGUGAAUGUGACAGCCCAGCCACUGAGGGAGACGGAGACUUCUGCGAGGGUCUAAAAACUGAGCUUCUGGCCUGUAACAUAGAGCACUGUCCAGUGACUCAGUGCUCAGACAUUUCAGGCACUGUGUUCAGUAGCUGUGGACCAUCAUGUCCCCGCACCUGUGAUGAACUGACUCACUGUGAGUGGCGUUGUGAGCCUGGCUGUUACUGUAUUGAUGAGAAAGUGUUGAAUGUUAACGGUACAGCGUGUAUAGAGAGAGCGCAGUGCCCCUGUCUGGACUUGACCACAAGCCAGCGCAUUGAACCUGGAGAGACAGUACUCACUCCUGACGGCUGCAACAACUGUACCUGUGAAGGAGGACAGCUCACUUGUAGCAACAACCCAUGUCCAGUGGAUGGAGGCUGGUGUGAGUGGUCCAGUUGGACGCCGUGCUCGAAGACGUGUGGUGCUGAGUGGGUCUCUCGCUACAGGAGCUGUGCUUGUCCUGUGCCAGUGGCAGAAGGGGCAGCGUGUCCAGGCCAGCAAGAGGAGCACCAGGGGCUUGGAGUGCAGAUAGAAAGACAACCCUGUUCUUCAGUCACUUUUUGCCCAGUCCAUGGUUCAUGGGGAUUGUGGAGUAAAUGGUCGGAGUGUGAUGCAUGUGCGGGUGUGUCUGUCAGGAAGCGAGAGUGUACCAGCCCCCCUGCUAGAUUUGGAGGUCUGCCAUGCCACGGCGAGUCCCUCCAGACUCGUGGUUGCCAUGACAACCAAACCGUCUGCUCAGAAUGUGAGGGUGGACAGCAGGAGUGGCCUUGUGGGAAGCCGUGCCCUCGGUCAUGUGAAGAUCUCCAUGGUGACACUGAGUGUAUAGACACAUCAGGGUGCAGUCCAACCUGUGGUUGCCCAGGUGACAUGGUUCUGCAGGAUGGAGUCUGUGUGGAGAGAGAGGCGUGCCGGUGUAAAUUCCACAACAGCACUUCUGCAGAUUUAAAUAUCACAAACACAGCAUGGGAGUGGCCAGGCAUGACAGACUGGCAAUAUGCAAAUUCAGGAGAGAACAUCAUCACAGACUGCAGCAACUGCACGUGUGAAGCUGGUGUCUUGCACUGUGACUCAAUUCCUGGUUGUAUUGUUGAUGGUGGGUGGAGCCAAUGGGGACCAUGGUCAGAGUGUUCAGCCCUCUGUGGGGGUGGAGUCAAACUGCGGAUUCGUCAGUGUAAUAACCCCGCCCCUCAGGGAGGUGGGAGAGAGUGCAGUGGUGGUGCUGACCAGCAGAAGGAGUGUAACCGUGAUGCCUGCACAGACUCUGGGAUGUGGUACGACUGGUCGGCAUGGUCCAUGUGUUCUGUCACCUGUGGAGGAGGAGUACAGAGACGCACCCGUUCCUGCCGCACUCCUCCAUGCACCGGGAUGACACGCCAGAGCAAGACCUGCAACACACAAGUGUGUCUGGAGGUGGGCUGCCCUCCAGGUCGUCUAUACCGGGAGUGUGAGAGAGGCGAGGGCUGUCCAUUCAGCUGUGCUCAGCUCAGUGGGCUUGAAGGCUGUUACUCCGAGGGCUGUGAGGAGGGAUGUCACUGUCCACCCAACACCUACCAGCACCAUGGAGCCUGCCUACAGGAGUGUCCAUGCCUAGUGGACAGUGAACUCUUGACCUCACUUCAGACAGUAUCUGUGACCCCAGAGAUAACCCCAGACCUCUACAACAUUACCAUAGGAACAGAGCUUAGGUCUGGAGAAGAGCUGAUGCAUGAGUGUAGCUCUUGUUUGUGUGAGCACGGCCUCUGGAAUUGCUCUCUAGUGCCAUGUCCUCGUGAUGGUGGUCUGAGUCCCUGGGGACCCUGGGGUCCUUGUUCACUCAGCUGUGGGGGUUUGGGGCAGAAAGUGCGCAAUAGGAGCUGCACUAAUCCAAGCCCUGCUUAUGGAGGUCAAGACUGUGUGGAAGACCUGCAGGAGACAGCAUAUUGCCUGACCCCAGACUGCCCAGUGGAUGUGCUUCCUACAAGCAAACCUCCCCUAUCAGAUGAGGACUUGGGUUUCUCCCAGUGGACACCAUGGAGUUCCUGUUCUAAAUCCUGCAAUGAAGCAGGUCACCCUGCACUCAAGUUUCGUCAGAGAAAAUGUAUCAGUGCACCAUGCACAGGACAAAACAGACAGCAGAAAGUCUGCAAUCUCCCUCAGUGUCCUGAUGGUGGAGUGUGUGUGGAUGAGGCAUGUUCCCAUAGAAACUGCUCGUGGACGGAGUGGGGAGAGUGGAGUGUGUGUUCACGCUCUUGUGGCGUUGGUCAGCAGCAGCGUGUCCGCAGCUUCAUUGCCCCCGGGAUUAACGGAACUUGGUGUUCAGGCAUCAUUGAAGGCAACGUGGAGAACCGCUUCUGCAACAUCCGCGCUUGCCGUGUGGAUGGGAGUUGGUCUCGCUGGAGUCCGUGGUCACACUGUGAUAAGUCAUGUGGGGGUGGUCGCUCUAUUCGUACUCGUUCCUGCUCCAGCCCUCCACCCAAAAAUGGGGGACUCAAAUGUCUCGGAGAGAAGAACCAGGUCAAACCAUGCAACACCAAACCAUGUGAUGAGCGUGGAUGCCCACUGGGUCAGGAGUUUGUGCCCUGUGCCAAUGAGUGCCCUCAGCAUUGCACUGACCUACAGCAAGACAUUCAGUGCCAGGACAAUACUGAGUGCCAGCCAGGCUGCCGCUGUCCUCAGGGUGAGCUAAAGCAGGAUGGGGUGUGUGUGAAGCUGUGGCAGUGUGACUGCAUAGAUGCACUUGGGCAAAGCUGGACCGCAGGCAGUCACCACCAAGUUGACUGCAACAACUGCAGCUGCGCAGAUGGAGUUCUCUCCUGCACCAACCUCACCUGUGCAGGAAAUAGAAGUUGCUCCUGGAGCUCGUGGUCCAGCUGGGCCUCCUGCAGUGUUACCUGUGGGGCAGGACAGAGAACACGCUUCAGGUCACUGAUUCCUGAGACUCCAGAUGAUGACUGUCAGUUCGAUGAAGUUCAACACAAGCCAUGUGACCCAGGUCUUUGCCCACCGCUGUGUCUCCAUGGCAACCAGUCGUUGUCUGUUGGUGACACAUGGUUAGAAGGGGAAUGUAAACAAUGCACAUGUAUUCCUGAAGGAGAAUACUGCCAGGAUAUUUACUGUCAAGUGGAUGGAGGCUGGACUCCAUGGUCUGUCUGGUCUGACUGUUCUGUGACGUGUGGUCAAGGAAAUCAGAUCCGGACUCGGGCCUGUAUCAACCCUCCACCACGAAACAAUGGGACACACUGUCCUGGGGCAGAGAGAGAGACGCAGCACUGCCACAUUGCUCCCUGUCUCGAUGACCUGUGUCCAUGGUCCAGCUGGUCUUCGUGCUCACGGAGCUGUGGUGCAGGUGUGGUGUCCAGGCGUAGGCAUUGUUUGUGUGAAGAGACAGGUGAUCAUGCCUGUCCCAUUUCCACGGACACAAAAAGACAAAGUGAGGAGACUCGCCUGUGCUACAAGAGGCCUUGCCCAGACUGUCCCAUGUCUGAGUGGAGCGAGUGGACAGUGUGUUCCUGUGUAUCUCAGUGGCAGCAGCGCUAUCGUGUGCCUCUGUCUUCGGCCACUAGGGGGCAGGAUUGCAUAGAGAUUGAGAAGCAGAGCAGAGCCUGCAAACCUCAAGACUGCCAGGAAUGUGUGGAACCGUUCCAACCGGACUGUGGUUCUCCAUGUGAGAAGCAAUGUGCAUUGCAAGGGCAGUUGGAUGCAUGCGUGGGGCAGUCGGGGUGUACAGACGGCUGCUACUGCCCUCAGGAUCUACUGCAACAGAAUGGGACAUGUGUGCCUGCAGGACAGUGUGGCUGUGUUCACCUCAUCCAGCGGGACACAGGCUCACCUGUCCCUGUCACUAUCCCACAGGGUGGAGUGCUCAAUAUAGGCUGCAGGACAUGUUUAUGCCAUAAUGGGUCUUUGCAGUGUGAUUCUCGAGAAUGUGAAGUGUCACUCAGUGAGUGGUCAGAGUGGACCCCCUGUUCUCCGUGUGUUCGUACCUCCUGUCUCCUCCACUCUGACUCUGCCAUGAGUGAUUGUGCAGAUGUCAGUGCAGGUCUAGGAAUGCUUGAAACAGCUCUGGUGUCAGUGCAGAGGCGCUACCGAACAUGUCUGGAUAUGGACUCUGGGUUACCUGUCAGUGAGAGAGAGGGGGAGUGCUCCAAACCCCUGCAGGAGGAGAGGAUCUGCCCCCAACCCGAUGUCUGCAUAGACCCAUGUCAGUGGGGUGUGUGGGGGACGUGGAGUGUGUGUAAGGAGCCAUGUAGUGGAGGAUUCCGCCAGCGUGAGCGAACAGCCCUGGCAACAACCCCCGGACCACAAUGUACAAGACGGCAGAGCCAAUCACAGGCCUGCAACACUGGCCUCUGUCCAAGUGAGCGCUGUGAAGACAGAGGGCGGGUCUACGAGGUGUCCUGUGCCAAUCAGUGUCCUCGUAGCUGUGCUGACCUUUGGGAGCAUGUGCAGUGUCUGCAGGGAGUCUGUCACCCAGGUUGUAGGUGUCCUGAUGGUUGGUUGCUGCAGGACAGGGAGUGUGUGAGAGUGUCAGCAUGUCGCUGUGGGCUUCCUACAGAGAACAACACACUCGAGCUUACACCUGGACAGAAUGUCACAGUCGAGUGUAACACCUGUGUGUGUGUGAAUGGGUCACUGGUGUGUACGGACCGAACCUGCCCCGUGUAUGGCGCAUGGGGUUCCUGGAGUGAGUGCUCGGUGUCAUGUGGGACAGGACGAAGGACACGAACCCGUCCCUGCACACACACACCUGACGGCCCUAGCUGCGGAGAGACCAUUCAGAGCCAAAACUGUACUCUGCUUGCAUGUCCAGCUGACUGUGUGCUGAGUGAGUGGUCCUCCUGGAGUGAGUGCAGCGCCUCCUGUGGUGGAGGAGUGUCACUGCGCAGGAAGACUAUUCUACAGAAGGCUGCGCCUGGAGGAAAGGCCUGCUCGACUCCUAUCGAGCAGCACACUGCCUGCAACACCAACAGCUGCCUGCCUGAGUGUCCUCCGGGUCAGGUGUUCAGUCUAUGUGCAGGUUCAUGUCCGUUUUCCUGUCAAGAUCUGUGGCCUGAGAGCCAGUGUGUGUCGGGAUCCUGCAACCCAGGCUGCUCCUGCCCCCCUGCCAUGAUUAUGCUUAAUGGAUCAUGCAUGCCCUACUCUGAGUGCCCUUGUUCCCCACUGUCUCUGCCAUUGGGGUUGGCCAAUGUCACACUGGACCCCCUGCAGGAAGAGUUUCCCCCUGGAACCAUUAUACCACAUCUCUGCAAUGCCUGUGAAUGUGAAAAUGGAGUAUUCAACUGUACGGAGGAGUCAUGUAAUGUGGAUUGUGAAUGGAGCAGCUGGUCUGAGUGGAGUACGUGUUCAGUGUCGUGUGGCUCUGGAGUGCAGAUUUCUAGUCGCUCUGUAGUGCAGCCUAGGCAGUAUGGAGGACAUGAGUGUGAAGGCCCCAGGCACAGGAGCAGAGUGUGUACAGGACCUGACUGUGCGUGUCCAGAGGGAGAGCGCUGGAGACGGAGCACGUCUGAGUCAGAGCGUGUGUGUGAUAGAGGGUGUGUGGACAUGUACAGCACUGAACCGCUGAACUGCACUGAAGUGAGCAGGCUCUCAGAGGGCUGCGUGUGUGAGGAUGGGCGCUAUCGUGACGCAGAGGGCCGAUGUGUGAUUCCUGCUCUCUGUCAGUGUGAGGGGGAGGACGGCAUACUGCGAGAGCCUGGCUCUGAGUGGGAAGAAGCGUGCCAAACUUGUCACUGUAUAAAUGGCCUAAAGCAGUGUAAAGCCAGCUGCCCUCCACUUCUGUGUGAUGAGGGUGAAGUCAAAGUGCUGGAGGAUGGACAGUGCUGCCCUGUCUGCAUGAAAGAGUACACAGACGAUCCACUCUCUCAGUGUCACCGUCACACUGAGAUCAGGAACAUCACCAAGGGCGAUUGCCACCUGGUCAAUGUGGAGGUCAGCUUCUGCAGGGGGCGCUGUUUGUCUGGAACGGAUGUCAUUCUUGAGGAGCCCUACCUACAAGCUGUGUGUGACUGCUGCAGUUACAGGCUGGACCCCCAGACUCCUGUGCGCUUUCUCAACCUACACUGUUCUAGUGGAGAAAGCGAGCCCGUGGUGCUACCCGUCAUACAGAGUUGCGAGUGUACCAGUUGUCAGGGAGGAGAUCUGGCCAAACGUUAAACACAGUUUGGAUGAACUGACAGCUUGGGAGAAGAAAGAAGUAAAAUCUUUUGAACACCUCCAGUAUAUUUUUAAGUAGCUUUUAGUCAUUAUAUGACUGAAUCCUUUUUAUAGAGUACUUUCUGAAGCUCUCAGACAACUGUACAGCUUUUAAAUUAUGGCUAUUGUCUUAAUGUCUUGUAUGUAUUUUAGUCACACAUACAUA